CAACGCGUGUGCGGAAAAACUAGAAAACAGAAUUACAACACGAAAAACAAUUGCCAAUUUCGAGCUAUCGAAACGCAUCUGUAGAGAUCAAAGGAGAAUUUGCAAACAUUUUGCCAAAAUGGCAAGCCGUUGCGCGAAUGUUAUUUGGUUCCGACAUGGCCUACGGCUGCACGAUAAUCCCGCUUUGAUCGCAGCCCUGGCUGAUAAAGAUCAGGGAGUCGCUCUACUACCAAUUUUCAUAUUCGAUGGCGAGAGUGCAGGCACAAAGAGUGUGGGUUACAAUCGGAUGCGCUUUCUCAUCGACUCACUGCAAGAUAUCGACGAGCAGUUGAGAGCGGAAACUGACAACCGCGGACGUCUGUAUGUUUUUCAAGGUCAACCGGCUCAUAUAUUCCGACGUCUGAACGAGCAUGUGCGUUUGCUGAAGAUUUGUGUAGAACAGGAUUGCGAACCGAUUUGGAACGAACGCGAUCAAGCCAUUAAGCAACUCUGUUGCGAGCUGGGCAUUGAGUAUGUGGAAAAAGUAUCGCAUACGCUAUGGGAUCCGCGGCUGGUAAUCGAUACCAAUGGCGGCAUACCGCCACUUACCUAUCAAAUGUUUCUGCACACUGUACAGAUCAUUGGAUUGCCUCCAAGGCCGGCCUAUGAUGCGAACUUCGAGGGUGUGAGCUUCUUGCAGCUAUCCCCUCAACUAAAGAGCGAGUUGCGCGUUUUCGAUAAGCAACCGUCGCCGGAAGACUUCAACAUCUAUAGCGACAAUAUGGGCUAUUUGGCAAAGAUAAAUUGGCGCGGGGGUGAGACGCAGGCGCUGCUGCUGCUCGAGGAGCGUCUAAAGGUGGAACAGCAUGCCUUCGAGCGCGGAUACUAUCUACCGAAUCAGGCCAUGCCCAAUAUUCUUGAUACGCCGAAGUCAAUGAGCGCCCAUCUGCGCUUUGGAUGUCUGUCUGUACGUCGAUUCUAUUGGAGCGUCCACGAUCUCUUCAAGAAUGUCCAACUCAGGGCUUGUGUCCGGGGUGUGCAAAUGACCGGAGGUGCCCAUAUUACGGGUCAACUGAUAUGGCGCGAAUAUUUCUAUACCAUGUCGGUUAAUAAUAUCAACUAUGAUCGCAUGGAGGGCAAUGAGAUCUGUUUGACCAUACCGUGGGCCAAGCCGAUUCCGGACCAAUUGCAACGCUGGCAAUUGGGCCAGACAGGGUUUCCCCUUAUCGAUGGGGCCAUGCGUCAGCUUUUGGCUGAAGGCUGGCUCCACCACACUCUACGCAACACGGUCGCCACUUUCCUCACCCGUGGUGGUCUUUGGCAGAACUGGGAACAUGGAUUAAAGCAUUUCCUAAAAUAUCUGUUGGAUGCCGAUUGGUCUGUGUGUGCUGGCAACUGGAUGUGGGUCUCCUCGUCCGCCUUUGAACGGCUGCUCGACUCCUCGCUGGUCACGUGUCCAGUAGCUUUGGCCAAACGCCUAGACCCCAAGGGUGUCUAUGUGAAGCAGUAUGUUCCGGAAUUGAAGCAUGUCCCUAAGGAAUUUGUGCAUGAACCCUGGCGAAUGAGCGUUGAGCAACAGGAGCGCUACGAAUGCGUCAUUGGCCUACACUAUCCGGAGCGGAUAAUAGAUUUGUCGUUGGCCGCUAAACGUAAUAUGCAGGCGAUGAAAAUAUUGCGUCACUCGCUAAUGAGCGACGGUGCCGUACCGCCCCCGCAUUGUCGUCCCUCGAAUGAGGAGGAAGUUCGCCAAUUCUUCUGGUUGGCUGACUAGAGACAUUCCCAUCCCAUAUUUUAAUCUUACUCUAGAAGAAUUGUAAUAGUUAAAUUGUGGAUUUUUUAUUUUGUAAAAGAAUAGUGCCAAAUUUUUGUUGUAUAAUUAAUAAUGCUUUAUUUUUCAUUUCGUCUUUUAAUUAAAAUAUUUUCUACAAUACAAUUUGUAUUUUCAUU